UUAUUUAUUUACUAACUUGUUUCUAGCGACUAAAUUAUCUUGCAUAAACAUGGUGUUAAGGGGCUGGCAUGAAAACGGGCUUCGAGUAGGUUCACGAGAUCUGAAUGUACGAAAAAGAACGGUACAUAGGUCUUUUACUGGUCAAUCGAGGCACUUUACGUGUGACGAACACAAUCUAUUUACUAGCAAUGUUCGUUGUGAAUGUGACAUGCUGCUUGUUAAUCAUGCGCCCAGUCACUUGUUUAAGAGGUUAGUACAGUAUCUUACUUUUUAUCUAUGACAUCCGCCAUGUGUUCUAUGAUUAUAUAAAUAAUCAAGAGCUUUUUAACCCUGAACAUCCUUUGAUGACUCAAUUUAUUCAACAACACCAUAUGAGACACAAUGCCAA